GCUUGGAAGCAUUAAAAGUGGUGAGCAGGUAUUUGGCUGACCCAUCUGAUGGUCUUUGGGUAAAUGUUGAGCACCUUGGCUAACCUUGGACAUCUGUGAUACACAUCUAUGUCCUUCCCGUUUCCAUGAAAUACUGUCUUAGUGGAGAGGUGAAAUAAAGAAAAGCAUUUUGUGAUCUUCCCUCUGGUUAGGGAAAAUAUCCCACUACAGCUGUGAGGCGAUGUGCUGAACAGCCUCAGUUUUGGCCCAGGGAAAGCAGUGAUUGCAGCUAAUGUGUUUCACCUCCAGCACAUGAAUGUUUCCCUGGGGGUAAUGAUUUGCCAUCCAAUCCUACAUUAGGAAUCUCUAAAUCUUGUGAACAAUGUUUAUGUCUUGACAGCUCUGCUGGGUUUGCUUAGCUGCUUUCCAGCAUGCUGAAACCUAGCAUGAAUGCAUAGAAUGAAUGUAAGUUGCAACCAACUCAUAAAUCAGGUAUGUCUCACCUGCGAGGCAUGUUUUAAUCUGUGCUUGUGUCUGAGAGCAGCCCACCCUUCUAAUUUCCUCUGCCUAUUAAAUAAUUGAUGAGAGCCCACAGUAAUCAUUAUGCUUCUUCCACAAAAUCAUUAAAACUGCACAAAAUCUUAUGUAGUGUUUGAAAAGUCACAAACAAAUGUGACAUUCUUCACCCUCUCCCCAGGCAAUAAUUUUGGCCCAAAGAGGUCUCAGUUGUUAAGAGGACACCUCUUUAAAAGAGGUAGGAAAAACGAAUGAGCCAUUUAGUUGAUUUGCUUGAAAAUGCCAAGUUUCAGCUGAGACCUUCUUUUUCUUAAGGAGUAUCAUACUGAUGGCAUUGCUACUUAGUGUCUUCUGCUUGGGAUCUCAGUGAGGUGACUCCGAGCUCCUUCCUAUCAGUGAUUUCUCAAGUAGAUCGCAGCAACUCUGUAGCAGUGCAGUGGUAUAACUGGGAAGCCAAGCACCACACGUCUAGAGGAAAGGCAGAUGUAAUACGGCAGAAUGUAUCAAAGUGAGCUGUGGUCAGCCUGGCAGGCUGGGGAUGAUGCUUCUACUUUUUCAGAAACUUUUCAGAUUGUGGCUUAAAGAUGAAGUUUCUGAUGCCUUUCUCCCUUCCAGUCUGCUUGUUAGAUCAAGCACUGCUUUGGGAUUGAUCUCACUGAAAUCAGUGAGUGUCUGUUGCAGCUGUUCUUAGCAAAACCAGUUCGUUACAACUAAAGAGGCGAUCCAAAAUCUUGACCUCAAACCUUUCUCCCAGGGACAGAAACAAAUGAGAUCAUGUUGCAGAUGGAGGUGUUUGUGAUUGGCAUUGAUUGUAAUGCAAUGACUCUGAUACUCUUUUUUUGUCACUUCCAUUCUUAGAUGCUCCAACUUCCUGGCUGUCCUCAGCACCUUCUGUUUUGGAGAGCACUUCUCUGUCCAGCGAAGAACAAUUGCUUUCUGUACAGUCUCACUCUCUAGCUCAAAGAAAACUGACUUAAGUGAAAAUACAAUUUUUGUUAUUUUCUUGCUGUCCCCUCCCCAGACUUCUGUCUGUGGUGCAAAAACAGUAUCCUGCCCCUGACUAAUACUGAGGAGUAUCUAAGGGACCCAGAUAGAUUUCUGCUGAGAAUUUGCUUCCAUGAAUUUCACCUCUUUGCUUUCAGGUGACUCCAGGUAGCAAAGCUGCGGUAGCCAACUUGUGUAUAGGAGACCAGAUCAUAGCCAUUGAUGGAGUGAACACAGAUAACAUGACACACCUUGAGGCGCAGAACAAAAUCAAGGGUUGCACAGAUGAACUAACUCUGACAGUCAGCAGAACGGAGUCAAAAAUCUGGUCACCACUUGUAAAUGAGGAGGGAAAGACGCAUCCUUAUAAGAUGAAUCUGGCCUCUCAGCCACAGGAAGUAAGGCACGUAGGAAGUGCACACAACCGGAGUGCAGUGCCCUUCACUGCUGCCACAGCUUCUGCCCCCAGGGUGAUCACUGCUCAGUACAACAGCCCAGCAGGGCUCUACUCCUCAGAGAACAUCCAGACCUUCAACAGUGCUGUGGAGUCAAAGACAUCACCUGGGGCUCUAGAGUCUACCAAGCCGUAAGUAUCUUCCUUGCUUCCCAUACCUGCCCAGGCCCCUACGGGAAGGCUCCAGGAGAUGCAAGUCCACUGCGAGGGCACCAAUUUGUUAACCCAGAAGAGCUUUUUUUCAGGUCAAGGGAGAGAGCAGAGACAUGAGCAUGAAUGUGGUUCCCAGGGCAGAGCUUGGAGGAGCGGGGAACAUUUCGGGAGAUGCAGAAAUGAAAUUAAUGCUGUUGUGUUUCUUUGUUUAGCAGAGACCGACGCAGUUUCCACGUGCGUUCAGCAUGACAUGCCAGCCUGCUGGUCUGAACAGGUGCCUGACAGCUUGUUACGAGCACUUAGUUAGCGUUUUGUGCUGGCUUUGCAAGGAGUGCUGGGCAGGGGAGGUACUAGCUAGUGCAGGAAGCACACACGUCCCCUUUCCUGGCUGGUCUGGGAUUCAUAGGCAGACUUUACCUAAGUUUGGAUCUUUCUGAUUCUUAUUAUUGAACCUUGUUUUUCACAGGGGUUUUAAAAAGUAGUUGAAACAUUGAUAGCUGAAACAUUGAUACCUGUGUGAGCGAUUUUAUAUAUGGGACUGGAAAGGUUCCCAACCUUAAAAGGGCCUAUUGAUUUUUGUAGUUGUAUCUGAGCUUCACCAGAGACAUUAUUCCAAAAGUCUAACAUUCCUCUUUUUUCAUUGGAAGCAAUAAAGCAGGAGCUGUCUGAAAUCUUUCUGGCUGUGUUGGUUAAGUUGCUUAAGUGCCCUAAGUCUAUAGCAGUACCAACUGCCAGGAAAACUUUGGCCACUUUUACAACAAAAGCUGCAAGACCAAUGCUUUACUGAUACUCAACUGAAUUCCUGACUUGUGAAUGGGGCGCCAAAAGUAACUUCAACCUCUGCUUUUGCAGGGCACAAAGACCUGAGAUUGUGUUUUAAUACAAGCCUAAAAACUUGCUCCUGACUGAAACCGGCUUCUCACACUGGCAGCCCCAUCUGCAGCAGGGUCCCUUCUAGGCAGUUACAGUGCUGCAACUGGCAGACAAGGUGCCAGACAUUUGUUCCUCAUUUGCUUAUGGUACAGCUCAGCAGCCUCAUUCAGGGGCUGAGCACAUGCAGAGCAAGAACAAGGGAAAUCUGACUUUACAUUAACCUGAUGGGACCAUUUGGCACAAGCAAAGGAGGUGUAGGUUCUCCCUUCACACAGCCUUCCAGCUGCCUUUAAAUUCCUGCCCUUCUGUUUUUUGAGUUAUUUGUACAUGGCCCACCUUGCUGUGGGUUUACCUGGCAUUUUAUCUGCAUCCCCAUCUUGCACCCAUCAGACACACAGCCUAUCUGAACCCAGCAGCCUGAUCCUGCCACUGCACAUGGUGAUGUGACAUGGGGACCUGGUCCAUGCUCCAUCUUGUAUGAUGUAAAUGCAAGGCUGGUACAGACAGAAACACCAGCAAAUCCACUGGAUUUGGUGUUACAAAGGAGGUGGGGAGGGCAGGGAGAAGCCUCAUGCUGAGCACAUCUGUUUUGGGGUCUGAGGUGAGAUGGCCCAUCAGUAGGAUGCCCAGGCUAGCUUUGGGAAGGGUAGCAGUGAAGGUGGCAUUCCUUGGCUGGACAGUGGGACCAUGAGUGCUAGUUCAUAUUGAAAUCCCUGCUGCCAUGUCUUCAUUACCUUUACAACCCCUUUGCUCAUCAGUAGGGUGACUGCAUUUUAAGUUUUUGUGCGGGCACACUUGGAGUGUGAGACCAGAGGCACAGCAUUAGCCAGAAGCCUUUAAUGUAAAGUCCUGUAUUCAGUGGUGUGCCCCUCAGGCGGUAUUCUGCAACUGCUUGUACUGCUUAGAGUAUUAGGUUUAGUCUAUUAAUAUCUUCCUUCUUUCCUUUCUUCCUCCGCUGCACUUUACCCUCAAUUCCACAACGUAAAACCCAAAUGAACCCCCAAACAAACACAACUCAAACUGCCCACGUGAAUGCGUGGGCCCAUAGCUGCCCAUCGCCAAUGAGCCCGAUGCAGGCUCCCGUCGCCUCCAUCUAUAAUCCUCUGCAGGCGCAGACCUCUGAACGGAGGCACAGCAUGUCCUCCAUCCCCAGCCAAGUCCGAGUGGGGCCCGAGCAGCUGAAGCGCACGGCUCAGGUCUGCCCCAAGAGCCCCGUGGAAGUGGAGGUGCCGGGACUCAAAGUGCUGCAUGUGCAGUUCAGUUCUCCCCUGCAGCUCUAUUCGCAGAGCAACAUCAUGGAUUCCCUGAAGGGGCAGAUCUCUUCUGUUAGCCCUGAUUUCCCCAGUUUAGAUCAGCAUAACCAGCCCCCAGGCGGUAUUGUCAUAGACAGGGAAUCUGAGGUUUAUAAGAUGCUCCAGGAGAAACAAGAGUCAAAUGAACCACCCAGACAGUCUGCUUCAUUCCUCGUGCUGCAAGAGAUUUUGGAGUCUGAAGAAAAAGGAGACCCUACCAAACCAUCUGGAUUUAGGAGCGUCAAAGCCCCCACCACAAAGGUGGCCUCAUCGAUUGGGAAUGCCCAGAAGCUGCCCAUGUGCGAGAAAUGUGGAUCUGGCAUUGUAGGGGUGUUUGUGAAGAUCCGGGACAAGCAGCGACACCCCGAGUGCUACGUGUGCAGUGACUGCGGCACCAACCUCAAGCAGAAAGGACACUUCUUUGUGGAAGACCAAAUCUAUUGCGAGAAGCAUGCACGGGAGAGGGUGAUUCCCCCAGAGGGCUACGAGGUGGUCACCGUCUUCCCAAAGUAAACUGCGCUGCUCACAAAGCCAGUGUGGAUGGUUUAUCCCCUGCUGCUUUUCCUUGAAAAGCAUCAUCCCUGCCCCCCUGCCAAAUCUUGUUUGCAAUAAGGAAUGCUAGGCAUGGCUUUGAAUUUCCUUGCCAUUAUUAAUCCUCCAUUUGUUCACAUGAGAUGUCACUAAUUGUUCAACAUUCUUUUUAUUUCCUCUUGGAUUUUUUCUAAUACACAGAAUUAUAUUUUUUCCCUCCUUUGCACUGUCAAUCACACAGGAAAAUCAGAGGCCAAAGUCACAUUACCACUCUUCUGUGUCCCAGUUAUUUGCCUUCUGUUUGCAUUCAAUAAACAGGGUGAAUCUACAAGGCA